AUGACCAACGCCCUCGCCGCCGCUACCUGCGCCAUCUACGCAGUCCUCGCCAUCCCAGUACUCUACCUCCUGGUCCGACACGGUCGCUACGGGCUCCUGGGAUGGCUCUUCCUGUUCUUCUUUUGCACUCUCCGCAUCAUCGGUGGCGCGCUGUCAGUCAGCGACGCCGGCAUCGCCGCUAAUAUCAUUUCCAGCGUCGGUCUUUCUCCUCUUCUCCUCGCAACAGCAGGCAUUCUACACGAGGCCCGACACUAUCGCAACCAACCCCUCGACAAGAAAAUGGAAUGGGUCUCCGUCCUCGCCUACCACAUGCUCGUCGUCGCAGGCGUGGCCCUAACAGCAGCUGGAUCCGCACAACUCCAGGAACACAAGCAACCCAUCGACAAGGCGGAGAAGAUCGCCAAGGCGGGUAUUUCAAUUCUAGCAGUCGCGUGGGGGAUUUUGGUCGCCUGGACCGGCUUCUCGUUUACUGCUCCCCGGGGACGGAAUUUCUCGCUCACGAGGGCGGGGACGGUCCUGAUCACAGCCGUCGCCUUCUCGCUCGUCUUCAUCGGCAUCCGCGUCUUCUACAGUCUUGCUGCGCUGUGCACGCAGAGGGCGUCGCUGAAUCCCGUCACGGGGUCGCUGGCUAUCCGCGUGGUUCUGGGCUUCUUGCCUGAGGUGAUUGCCGCUCUAGCGUAUAUUUUUGCGGGGAUGAAGACUCAGGGUGCGGCGCUGUUGGCUCAUGUCGAGGAGGAAGAGAUGGUUUCGGUUCCGCCGAAACCGCGGGCGCAGCCUUGGGUUUAG